CCUCCUGACGCUGAGAGGGAAAGUGGAACCGGGGCGGCGCGAGGGCCCAUCGUGCCGUGUUCUCGCCGGGGCAGCGGGGAGGGCGAGCGGGCGGCGUGGCGCGGGGGCCGACGGGGGCGCGGGGCGGCCGCGCCGGAAGUGCCCGGGCAGCUGCAGGAAGCUCAGAGGGUGCCUAGCCGUGGAGCCGGCGAGAAGGCGGGGUGUGUGCUCCUGGGCCUGGCGGGGGCUGUAGGAGUAGGUGGCAGCGGGGCUGUGGAACGCGGUGCGGCAGCUGCCCGGGACGGCUCCCGGGUGGGGAGGAAGACGCGAGGAGGCCGCGCCGAGGCCAGGCGGCCAGCUCGGUGGGCUUGAGCCCCAGGCCGCUGCACGGCCCCCACAUGGCCUCCGGAGGGGGCGCGGCCUUCGAGGAGCUGCCGCACGAUGGCACGUGUGAUGAGUGCGAGCCCGACGAGGCUCCGGGGGCCGAGGAAGUGUGCCGAGAAUGUGGCUUCUGCUACUGCCACCGUCACGCGGAGGUGCACGGGCAGAAGUUCCCCCGGCACCACCUGGCCGAGUACGUCCACGGUGCUCACCAGGCCUGGGCCUCGGGACCUCAAGGGGGCGGCACAGGGGAGGAAGAAGUCGAGGCCCAGGUGGAGAAGAAGGCCCUAGAAAGCGAGGCAGGGGAAGAGAGCGAGUCUGAGGAGGACAGUGAGUCCGAAGAAGAGAGCGAGACGGAGGAAGAGAGUGAGGAUGAGAGCGAGGAAGAGAGUGAGGAGGACAGUGAGGAGGAAAUGGAGGAUGAGCAAGAGAGUGAAGCAGAGGAAGACAACCAAGAAGGAGAAUCGGAGGCAGAGGGAGAAACUGAGGCAGAAAGCGAAUUUGAUCCGGAAAUAGAAAUGGAAGCAGAGCGAGUGGCCAAGAGGAAGUGUCUGGACCAUGGGCUCGAUUUGAGUACCUAUUGCCAGGAAGAUAAGCAGCUCAUCUGUGUCCUGUGCCCAGUCAUUGGGGCUCACCAGGGUCAUCAGCUUUCCACCCUAGAUGAAGCCUUCGAAGAACUAAGAAGCAAAGACUCAGGCGGAUUGAAGGCAGCCAUGAUAGAGUUGGUGGAAAGGUUAAAGUUCAAGAGCUCAGACCCUAAAGUAACCCGGGACCAGAUGAAGGUGUUUAUACAGCAGGAAUUUAAGAAAGUUCAAAAAGUGAUUGCUGAUGAGGAGCAGAAGACCCUUCAUCUGGUGGACAUCCAGGAAGCAAUGGCCACAGCUCAUGUGACUGAGAUCCUGGCAGAUAUCCAAUCCCAUAUGGAUAGGUUGAUGACUCAGAUGGCCCAAGCCAAGGAACAACUUGAUACCUCUAAUGAAUCAGCUGAGCCAAAGGCAGAGGGCGACGAGGAAGGACCCAGUGGUGCCAGUGAAGAAGAAGAGGACACAUGAAGGCCUGCCAUCCCCGGUGGAAAAUCAUCCCUUCCCCUUGUGUGUAUGUGACAGCGUGUAUGUAACAGCUUCUCACUCCUGUGAAGACUGCCCAGCAACAAACGUACUUCUACCAGAUACGUCCCCAGAUCCACAGCAAGCAAAUAGCUCUCCAAGGGAUGACCAGUUUUACUGUUACUGACUGUGCCUCUCAUUCUCUUACCGUGGUAGGUCAAGGAAAGGUGCGCCUUUGAUCAGUUAGGACCUGUUAAACAGUCCUUCAGGUGAUCCCUCCAUGGCUGCUUUGAACUUACUCAGGAAAGCCAGCCCUUGUAAUAUUGUAUACCCAAACAGCAUCACUUCAUUAGGAAGGAUCUGGCAUAAUCUCAAAGGGCAGUCAAAAUUUGUUUCCCUACCUGCUAAUAAAACUCCACUUCAUUAUUAUUGAGGCAUGAAAUAAAUGAGGGGAAAGUAGGGCCCAAUCAACCCACGUAGUUAGUCUCUAAAAUUCCAGUAUGCAUCUGUGAAAAUGUAGUUUCAUGAAAUAAAAUGGAUGGCUUGAAAACAGAGAAAGAGUUAAAAGUUAGAAAUAUAGAGAGAUAUUUUUAGUACAUGCGGUUAUCCAGGACUUCAGAUUCAUAAUUCAGUGCUGUGGAAAUGAAAAGAAAAAAAAAAAAAAAAAGAUUGAAGAAGUAGGAAGGAAAUGACUUUUUAAAAAAAGGGACCAAAGAGAUUUGAUUAAAAGUUGACAUUGAAAUCAGUAUUUCUGAACUCAAAUUGCCUGAGUUCCAAAGGGGUCACUAAAGGAUCUGAUGGAACCUGAAUUAUUUGGGUGGAAUCUGAGGUUUUAUGGGUCUUGUCACAACAUAAAAGGCUGAAAUGUGUGCUACCAAACGGGAAUUUUCAGUGUAGGUUUUGCUCCUGCUCUCCUAGCUUAGCCUAAUUCGGCUUAAACUCAGCGUGGGGAGAAUCCCUGGACUCCGUGGUGUGUUGAUUGCACUGGCUCCCAGCAGGUACACCUUCCUGUUACUGCAGCCGGGACCUCUCCCCGUGCUCCCCACCCACAGGCCUCCGGCUCACCUCCUAUGCCCUGGCUCUCUCCCCUUAGGGACAUGAGCAGAGACAGCCCGUGGCUGGACUCCAGCCUUUCCACACUCCCAAAUCACAUUUCCUUAAAACCAAGUUUUUUACUCCCAAGUAAGCAAUGAUGUGCUAGGGAAUACAAAACUGCAGACUAAAAAAUACAUCUUCUGAAAUAUCAGUUUUACUUAAGAAAUGGUUUGGACUUGGGGAGUAACAUUAUUUUUUUGAUAAAACAAACACAACUGUAUUGUGAAAUAGCAUGUUCAUACAUAUAAACAGUAAAGGUAAAAUGGGAGGCUUCGCAGAGAAUUUGUAUUUGCAAGUGGGGCACGUGUUCCCCCUCCUCUGCCUGUAGUAGUAUUUUGGUGUUCACUUCUGAGAAGUACAGUUGGAACCAUAUCCACGCAGCCUUAGGGUUUCUGCUGACUCAGGGCCUAGACUUCUAGUGCCUCUGAGGCAGAACCAAAGAAGCCUGCAUUGGGGGAAACUCUUCCUUUUCUGUCUGCCUACCUGUGACCUGUGUACCUGUCACAAAGCUUUAGGCCCAACUGAUGUGUGUGUGCAGGAUGGUUUUAGGGAUAAACCAUAUUUACUGUAGGAAUCCUAUUUAUAUCAUUGUUCAGUCCUGUGCAUGCUAUGAAAUGAUUAUUUCUUUGAGGCCAGGAAGCUGUUAGGCAUAUAUGCUUCUGUGUUAGGAUUACCCUGGCUCACUAAAUAUGUCAGGAUGCUGGGGCUGAGAGUAGUUUGGGCUGUUCAAAAAAAAAAAAAAGUAUUUUUCACUCAAACCAGCGACCAAUAAAUGGCUAAGACAUUUUCGGUGCUUUAACCUUUCUGCCUGCAAAGACUGGAGAAUUUGGUAUACCACUAAUUACAACCCCCAACCACACCCAGUGAAACUAUCCCUAAAGGAGGACCAGUGGUCAUUCUUAAAAGAGUUUAAAAAUCCAGAAGAUUAAGAAGACUUUAGGAUUUUGAAGCUUGUGUUGUCUUUUCCCAAUAAUUAUUGUUUAAUCUUCAAGUAUUAGCCUUAUCUUAGCAAUGGACUGCAGUGGACAGGUAGAUCAUUGGCUCCUCCACAGCUUAUCAUAUGUUGUUAUUUUAAGUCAGUAUUUGGGAAACCCAGGCAUUUAUGCAGUGGAUAUGAAUGAAGAUAUAAAAGUACAUGCCAGCCUGUCUCAAUGAAUUAUCAUAUCUCUGUAAUCCUCAAGGAAAGCACUUUUGCCUUUACUUAGAAAGGAUUUCAGAUUUACUUAGAAAGGGCUCCUGUUGUCUUCAGCACCUGAUAAAACUUUAACCAGGGAAGCAUUAAACACAACACAGCACCUUCUGCCCAGGCUCCUGAGUUCCUGCCAGCAGCAUUUAUCAAUGUAAGAACUUGGGUGCUUCCUGCAGUGGUACCAGCUUCCCCAAAGCUGGAGCGUGCUGCUCAGCCUUAAUCCCCAGCAUGUGGAGGCUUCCUUCCUGCCAGGUCAGUAAGAGUUUGAGUGCUCAAAAUUGUGUCCUGUCUGGCUACAGGGUCUGUAGAAACCUCUGGGGAGAAGUCAUCAAGGGAGGCAAGUGAUGAAUGUCUUCAGAUUGAAUUGGGUCCUCAGAGUAAUCCCUGGCUGCCUUCCAAAGGUUGGGUAUCUGGAGGCUAAGAGGGGGUUUGUCCUUUGAUUUGAUGUCAUUAGAUCCAGGGCAAUUCCAAGAAGUGCUUUGAGUCUCUGCUCUGACAGCCCAGAAAGGGACAUGGCCUCUGAGCCAGACCCCGUACUUGCGCCUCAUCUCUCAGGUGAUAGAUAGUACAUAUUUGGAGAGCAAGUCACUUGCCUGGAGUUACACAGCUAGGAAGUGUUAGAGUCAGGUUUUGUCCUCAGCUCUUCCUAACUCUCUGCAUGCUCAAAACACAGAGGGAGAAGAGGGCUGCAGGGUCCCCCACCACAAUCUGACAACUCCACCCUUUCUCUCAGUUGCACUUCAUGGCUGUAGUUUAGACUCAGAAAGGGCAUCAGGGUAACCUCACUCUUCAGAUACAUUGGGUACACAGUGCCUACUUGAGCCUGCCCCCAGGAGCAGGGGGAGACCUUUCCUUUGUGCUGCCAUCCCCCUUAAAUACAGUGUCUUUAGACCUUCAGGAGUAUGGAACUUCUCAGAAAUGGUCAAAGUGAAAGCGUGUUCUCUCUGACUUAAUUUGAAAUGGCUGCUGCUGCACAGCUGCGGAAAAGGAAAUCAUAUUUUAGUAAACCCAGCCAGUCUCUGCUCGGAGGAUGUGGUAAUUCAAAGUCCAGUGAAUAUAGAUUUUCCUCCUGAUACCUGAUGUGUGUGUGUACACACACACACACACACACACACACACGCAAUUUAACAACUAAGGGAGAUUCAAAGCAGCCCCUCAUUAUCUUGCCUACCACUGCAGCAGCUUCUGCCAGCCCUGAUUACAAGUAUCACCAGAUAAAUGGAGCUUAGGUGCUUGCUUACAAGAUGUUUACAAAAAGAGCAACUCCUUGGCAAAGCUUGUCAGCUCCCAAAGUUUUGAGCCAAGGUGACAGCCCUGAAGGAAAUUGCACCCCAGCCCUCCUCCACCAUGCCUGAUGAUGCGCGGGGAAUGUGGCUACCCAGCCAUUUUGGCGACAGGAGAGUCUGAGCCUCCAGUCAGGCCUGAGGGCUCAGCUGCAGAGUCCACUACUAGUGGUAGUGGUGGGGCUGUGGAAAUCCGCUCCUCCUCCUAGAAAAUAUUCUCUUGCCAGUACCUGAAAUUCCACACUCAUGGAAUGGAUUUUCGAUGAGAAAAUCCAUUGGGGGAAGCUUCAGAUCUCAUGCAUAUUGCCUCACCCAGCAGUGUUUCUGAAGCCCCAGCCCGUCCCAAAAGCUCUAAGGCCCACACAGUCCUGUCCUCUGGGGGCCUGCCUAGUAAAACAGUGGCAUUUGGACCUGAGAAUAUUCUAGAAACAGCAGAACAAGUGCCAGAGCAGAAAAAAUAAAAAUUAAGAUACUUGCGGGUGUACUGGUAUUAAAAAAAAAAAAAUGCCACGGAGUCUUUCUGAGCUUGAUAUGACCUUGAGGGUACAGUGGAUUUAUACUUAAUGGGACUUAAGUCUGACUAGUCUUUCCACAGUGAUAGGCCACAUUGCAUGGGUGGAAAGGACGAGUGGAUCCAUUGUCCUCUGCCUGUGAUCCUGUGCACACAGUCACAUUCCCUCCCAAGCCAUCUUCCCCUUUCACCCUUUACAUUAAACAAGGGAACACUCAAUCUUUCAAGAGAAUUACACGUUUGAGUUAAUGUUUCAGUAUAUCAUUUUCAUACUGUAAAUUAUUUUGUAAGAGAGAUUUACCGCUAUCCCAGGAUGUUUGGACUCAGCGCCCCUGUGCAUUUGGAAAUCAAUAAACUAUUACUGGAAAUAC